UGACAAAUACACGCAAUCACGCCAAUCGCAUUCAAUCACCAGCAUCGCAUUCCCACUAGCUGCGUCUCUUGGAUUCUUCUUCCAUUGAAAUUUCCUCCUCCUCCUCUUCUGUUUCACGAUAUAUUCUCUGUUUUCCCCCAAUAUAAGGCCUUGUACUUAAUUGUGAAACCCAUCUCAGCGAAAUUCCUCAAGCCUCAAAUAAGCUCUUCUUAGCUUUGCGUCAAUGGCCACACGGCUGAUCGCAACCCACAGAGACAACGCUGAGAUUUACCAUGGCGAAGAUCUCUGCAAGCAUAAGUCGCGCGAGCUGCUGGAUGAGAUUUGCCUGCCCAAAGGAUUGCUCCCCUUGGACGACAUCAUCGAGGUGGGUCACAAUCGCUCCACUGGCUUCGUCUGGCUCAAGCAGAAGCAGAGGAAGGAGCACAGGUUUGAGGCCAUUCGACGCACCGUUUCGUACGAGUGCGAGGUCACCGCCUUCGUCGAGAAGCACCGGAUGAGAAAGGUGACUGGGGUGAAGAGCAAGGAGCUGUUCUUUUGGGUCACUAUCUCCGAUAUCUUCAUAGACGAUCCUGAUUCCGCUAAGAUUACCUUCGCUAACACCAGCGGCAUCUCCAGAUCCUUUCCUGUUUCGGCUUUUCAACUCCAAGAAGAAGAACAAGAGGAGAGGGAUGGUAACCAGUAAGGCAAGAAGAAUUACCCCAAAAACUUGGGCUCGUUCCAUCAGAUGGAAUAAUUCAAUCCAAAUAAAAAUGUAAUUUAAGGAUUUUAUUUUAUUUGAUCUUUUUAUUCAAUUUCCAGUAAUAUACGACUGCUUGAAACAGCAAAUCUUGCCCAAGUAAUCGAGUUUGCCUUGUAUAGAAUUUGUGCUGUGACAUACUAAUUAUACUAAUCGUGAUUUAUAAAUAAUCUCUUCUGUAUAUUGAUGGAUUGAUACUGAUGAUA